AAAUGUUUCUCAAAUUGGGUGUGUUGGAGUUACGAGUUUAGGCAAUAUGUUGGAGCCGAUUAGUUGCUGCCAGAGCUCCCACUCCCAGGCAUCUUGAUGGGGCUGGGUAAAUGGAUGCCUGAUGAACUUCCCAAGAUCAUCUCUUAAUAUGUUCAUGAUUGAUUUAUAGUGCAGUUAAACAGAAGAAUUCUUUCAUGGCCUACUCUCAUACUGUUCAUCAACAUUGUGGCUCUUCCUUCAACUUACAUUAUCCACACUCGAAAGUCGCCGUUCCAUCAUGCACCAUAAAUUGCUGGAGGAAUGGUUAUUCUUUAGUCCACAGCAGUACUGCUACGGUAACGUUCAAAGUAGUUGGACCGAAUGGAUACAGUUGGUUUAAUCAUAGGCCUAAAUGGAGGGAAAGAUUAAGAACGCGUGCAGCGCUUGAUGUUGCAGCUGCUGUAGAUGUCAUCAAUGAUUUAGGAUUGGAUACAUUGACAUUCCUAGCUGUGACUGUCGUAGUUGUUCCUCUAUUUAGGAGAAUUAAGGCUAGCCCUAUACUCGGUUUCUUCUUCGCUGGGAUUGUACUUAAUCAACUUGGCGUGAUUAGAAAUAUUGUAGAUGUUAAAGUUUUGUCCGAAUGGGGAAUACUUUUCCUGCUGUUUGAGAUGGGUUUGGAGCUUUCAUUUGCACGUCUAAAGGCUCUUGCGCGGUUUGCUUUUGGCAUGGGUUUGACACAGGUCAUAUUAUCUACUAUCGCUUUCACUGCAUUUGAACUUCCUCCUAAUGGGGCUAUUGGUACAAAAAUUUUGGUGUUCCUUUUUCACGCCAGACCCGACUUGGUUAACAUCAGAAGCAUUGAUGAAGCUGUUGUGAUUGGUGCAGCUCUUUCUCUAUCUUCUUCAGCUUUUGUUUUACAGCUUCUUGCAGAGAAAGGAGAGCUCGCGACAAGAUUUGGCUCGGCAACUCUAGGGAUACUUCUUCUUCAGGAUAUUGCUGUUGUCCCUCUCCUGGUCAUACUUCCCGUCCUCGAGAGCCAGAAUUUGGGCACGGAAAGUAUCUGGCCGAUGCUUGCACAAGAAAGUUUGAAGGCUUUAGGUGGCCUGGGUCUGCUGUCCCUUGGAGGAAAGUUGAUUCUUAGGCGAGUUUUUGAGGUUGUCGCGGAAGCAAGAAGCUCAGAGGCUUUUGUGGCCCUUUGCCUACUGACUGUUGCUGGCACUUCGCUAAUCACUCAGAAAUUGGGCUUUAGUGAUACGCUGGGAGCAUUUUUGGCUGGGGCAAUAUUAGCAGAAACAAACUUCCGGACACAGAUUGAAGCAGAUAUUCGGCCAUUCCGGGGCUUGCUCCUUGGGUUAUUCUUCGUUACCACAGGGACCUCGAUCGAUAUCCAGCUCCUGUUCCGAGAAUGGCCAAAUGUUCUUGCACUUUUGGCAGGUUUAAUAGCAAUCAAGACCCUUAUAAUAACAGCAAUAGGUCCCCGUGUCGGCCUCAGUACUCAAGAAAGCGUAAGAAUAGGCUUUCUUCUAUCUCAAGGAGGCGAGUUCGGAUUUGUAGUGUUUUCUCUGGCAAACAGGCUUGGAGUGCUACCACUCGAGUUAAACAAGCUGCUCAUCAUUAUUGUUGUGUUGUCAAUGGCUUUAACUCCCUUGCUUAAUGAAGCUGGACGAAAAGCAUCUGAAUUCAUCAGUGAAAACUACAAGACAGAGGAUAAAGCUGCAGAUACGGUGAAUUUUGACGCUACCGAACCCAUCGUCAUUGUUGGAUUCGGCCAAAUGGGUCAGGUCCUAGCUAAUUUCUUAUCUACACCUUUGGUAUCCGGGGCAGAUCGCAAUACUCCCGGAUGGCCAUAUGUCGCAUUCGACAUUGAUCUUUCCGUCGUGAAGACGUCUAGAAAGCUCGGUUUUCCUGUUCUCUAUGGAGACGGAUCACGACCAGCAGUUUUGCAAUCAGCUGGAAUCUCUUCUCCAAAAGCUGUCAUGGUUAUGUUCACAGAGAAGAAGGCGACAAUCGAGGCUGUUCAAAAGCUUCGGCUUGCUUUCCCAGCUAUCCCAAUUUACGCCCGAGCAAAAGACGUGGUGCAUCUAUUAGACUUAAAGAACGCAGGUGCGACGGAUGCUAUUUUGGAAGACGCUGAGACUAGUUUACAACUCGGGUCAAAGCUUUUGAAAGGGCUCGGCGUCAUGUCUGAUCAAGUGUCUUUUCUCAGUCGGAUGGUUCUGAACUCCAUGGAAAUACAAGCUCAAGAUGCACUUGACAAAUCCAAUGAGCAAGAGUUGGAGAUUAUGAAACCGCUGCAGAUACGCGUCAAGGACUCGAUCGAGUCCCCAGAGAACGAACUGUCGAGGCUGAACCGGGAAGAUAAUACUCGGAUCUUAAACGGAAAAGAGGUGGAUCAAAUGAAGCAAGAUGAAGAUCUAGACGGAAAGGGAGUUCUGUACUGUGAACUUGAUACAGACAACAACCGCUUUGAUGACAGAUAGGUUUAGAAAACUGAAUCAUGUUGAAACAUUCAUUUUAUCCUCCAAAAGUUUUGUUUUGUUUUUUUUUGUUUUGUUUUCAACAUCUGAGUACCAUAGCGUGCUUCGUUUUUUAUAGCUAUUUGGUUAUUUGUCGUUAUAUUUAGGUAUUCGGCGUCGUUGGUGUUAAA